AUGAAUAUAAAAAAAGAUACAAAUAUUUUAUUUUUAAAAGUUUGGAGAAAUAUUGUAAUAAGAGAAAUUAUUUUAUAUCAUUUAAGAUUGUUUAAAAGCAAUUUUAUUUUUAAAAUUAAUAAUGUAAAAGGAUUUAAUAAUAAAAAGAAUAAAUAUUAUGUACAAAAGAUUGAAAUUAAUUUCAAUGUUGAAUUAAAAGAAGAUAUAUUCUCAAAAUACUUAAAUUUAACAUCUUUAAAAUUUUCAAAUAAAUUUAAUAAAUCAAUUGAUAAUUUAACAUUAACAAAUAAUAUUAAAUAUUUAGAAUUUGGUAAUUUAUUUAAUCAAUCACUAAAACCAUUGGAUCAAUUAUUUCAACCUAAUAAUUCACUUGAAUCAAUAAAGUUUGGUAAUAAUUUUAAUCAAAAACUUAUAUUUAAUAAUAAUAUUGAAAAUCAAUCAAUUUUAUUCACCCACUUGAAAACUUUAAAAUUUGGAAUUUAUUUUAAUAAACCACUUUUUAAUAUACCAAAUUCAAUAACACAUCUUGAAUUUGGUAGAGAAUUUAAUCAAGAUUUUUCAUUUUCUAGUAACAAUGGUGAUGGAGGUGAUAGUGGUGAUGGUGGUGAACAGCCAAAUUUAAAAUGUUUAAAAUUUGUGGGUAGAUAUAAUAAGAUUUUAAAGGUUGGUCAACUUCCAUCAUCAUUGAAAAUACUUUAUUUGUCAGAUCAAUUUAAUUUGAAAUUAUUUAAAGGUAUGUUACCAGAAGGUCUUGAAGAAUUAUAUUUCCAAUCAAGUUAUAAUCAAGAAUUAAAACCAAAUGAAUCAAUACCAUCAACUGUAAAAUUAAUAAAAUUAUCAUAUUCAUUUAAUCAAGAAUUAUCAGUAGGUGUUUUCCCACCAAAUAUUGAAACUAUUAUAUUUGGUGAAUUAUUUUCAAAACCAAUUAAAAUAGGUAUUAUACCAGAGAGUGUUAAAUAUUUAAAAUUACCAAAAUUUUAUAAAACAUAUUUAACAUACUUACCUCAACCACCAGCCAUUAGUGAACUUUAUUCAAUUCCACCAAAUUCUUAUAAAAAUUUAUCAUUUUAUGAAAAUUAA